CUUCGUAUCAAUCUCACAGCUCGUUACAUGAGCUCACUCAACACUCACCAUGAAGAUUCUUGAGGCACAAUCGGCUGUUCUCACAAAUUACGAGGUGUAUCAGCACGUAUCAGAGCAGCGCGAACGAUACAAAAAUGCCAAGCGUCGUGGUCCCCCAAAUCUCGAGACGGUAGUUCGCGAACUCCUCCAAUAUCUUCGCACAAACCCUGGUCCUCUAAGCCAAGAACCCCUCCCCUAUACUGAGGGAUGCAUAUCCACGCUUCUAGAACGCUUACGGCCUUACAACCUCGCAAAGGGUGAAGUCGUCAUGAUCAUCAACCUGCGCCCCGCCUCGGUCGCUGCUCUCAAUACUGUUGUUGAGGAGAUGUCUGAGCGAUUCAACGAGGAGCAGCAGGAAUCCAUGGUCAAUAUCAUCGCAGAAGUCCUUGGCCAAUUCCCUGCUGCGGAGGAGGGUGCUGAGGAAGAGGGCGCUGAUGUUUCUAUGAACGACGCCGCUGCCUGAGCUCUCAGCCCACCAAUACAAUAACUAAUUACUAAAUCAUGUUCCCACUACUCGAUCAAAGUCUCGCCGCCCCUCAAAUCUCAUAAUACUGCGCAUGUGCUUGCGCUCUGGCUGUCUGCGCCCGUUGUCAGAGUCAUCGCCGUCUUGCACAAAUCUUCAAACGCCAGUUUCAACAAUUCACCCGUAACUGCCGAACA